AUGGUUGAUAACGAAGCAAUCUACGAUAUUUGUCGUCGCAAUCUUGACAUUGAACCUCCAUCGUACAACAAUUUGAAUCGCCUGAUUGGCCAACUCGUCUCUUCAAUUACGGCUUCUCUUAGAUUCGAUGGUGCCCUCAACGUAGACUUGACGGAAUUUCAGACCAAUCUGGUUCCGUAUCUUCUUAUUCAUUUUCCAUUGGCUACCUAUGCUCCAGUGAUCUCUACUGAAAAGGCUUACCAUGAGCAAUUCCCGGUGUCCGAAGUGCCCAAUUUCUGUUUCGAGCCGUCCAAUCAGAUAGUUAAAUGUGAUCCUCGUCACGGAAAGUAUAUGGCAUGCUAUGUCAACUACCAACCACCAACGGUCGUUCCAGGUGGCGACUUGGCCAAAGUACAGCGAGCUGUCUGCAUUUCGAGCAACACCACGGCCAUCGCGGAGGCAUGGGCCCGUCUUGACCACAAAUUCAAUUUAAUGUACGUCAAACGCGCUUUCGUCCACUGGUAUGUCGGUGAGGAGUUCCCGGAAGCAUGCGAAGACUUGGCUGCAUUGGAAAAAGACUACGAAGAAGUUGGCGUGGAUUCUGUCGACAAUGAAGGCGGGAAGACGAGGAAUAUUAAAAUUGUACAAAUUUAA